AACUUGCAUGUAGCGGUAUUUGCCUUAGCUGUGGCCUGGAGGAGGCCCGUUCUCUCGUUUCUCAGGUCUGUGCAGCUACUUUAGAAAACGUUGCACCGCGUGUCUCUUUUGUAUAGACGCAACUGCAUUGCAUACAAAUAAGCGGAACAUCUCCUAAAUAAAAUGAAUAUAGUUUAUUAGUCCGAUCACUGAGCAGAAGACCCUUCGGAAGAAACAGCAGACUUUGACCUAAUCUUCCUGUCUUUCUGAUGAUUUGCAACAGGAGAAACGCAGAUCUAAUUUCUCCAGUCAGCCUAUCUGCAGAAGGGAGGCCUGAAAACAGCUGUCCUAGAACGCAGACAUGUGCUUGGAGGAGCUGCUGUGUCUGAAGAGAUCAUUCCAGGCUUUUGUUUUUCCCGUGCCUCCUAUCUCCUCAGUUUACUCCGUCCUCACAUUUAUCAGGAUCUGGAGCUAAAGAAACAUGGCCUGAAGGUAUACAUGAGGGAUCCCAAUGCCUUCACCCCCUUGCUGGAGGAGGGGGUCGGGGGGCGGCCUCCUCGCUCUCUUUUGCUAGGAACAGAUCUGGCAAAGAAUCAGAAAGAGAUUGGAAAAUUCUCAGAGAAAGAUGCGAAGGUUUUUCCUGAUUAUGUGGCCCAUUUGGAGAAACUGGCCUGUGCAAUCCACCCACUUCUAGAUGCGCCCCCUGUUGACGUCUUAGGAAUAACCCAGGGACCUCUGAGAAAGAGACUAGCAGCAAUGAAGAGUUUGAAACCAUUGGUGAAAUCUGGGUUGAAAUUGGGAACGAACAUACCAGACUUCUAUGAGCUUAUAACAGCUCCAAUUACGAAGGUAUUAAACCGCUGGUUCGAGUCUGAGCCACUGCGUGCAACGUUAGCCACCGACGCUUUGAUAGGAGCUAAUAUAAGUCCCAGCAGUCCAGGCAGUGGGUACGUCCUCCUCCAUCACGUGAUGGGUGAGUUGGAAAUGGAAAAAGGAGCCUGGGGCUAUGUGGAAGGAGGCAUGGGUGGUGUCUCCAAGUCCAUUGCUAGCUCUGCACGCUCUCUUGGAGCAGAAAUCUUCACUGAGCAGGAAGUUGGGCAAGUUCUGAUUGGCCCAGAUGGCAGUGCCAAGGGUGUUGUAAUGAAAGAUGGUACUGAAGUUCACAGCAAGUUGGUUUUAUCCAACGCUACUCCUCAUGUAACUUUCAGGCAACUUACCCCACAGGAUGCUCUUCCUCAGGAGUUUAUUACUGCUGUAAAUCAGAUCGACUACACCUCCCCUGUCACCAAGAUUAAUGUGGCUGUUGACAAACUGCCAAAUUUCUUGGCUGCACCUAACACUGCUGAUGGGAAGCCAGGUCCUCAUCAUCAAUGUUCUAUUCACCUGAACUGUGAGAGUGUGGAGGUAUUGGAAGCAGCUUAUAGAGAGGGUCAGCAAGGACGUCCAUCUUCAAGACCCAUGCUUGAGAUGGUCAUACCAUCUGUGCUUGACCCAACUCUAGCCCCACCUGGAUGUCACGUGGUCUCUUUCUUUAUACAGUUUACCCCUUACUGGCUGGAAGGGGGUCGUGCAUGGACAGAUGAGGACAGGGAGAAAUUUGCAAACACAGUGUUUGACAGGGUUGACUGUUACGCACCUGGAUUUAAAGACUCAAUAAUUGGCAAGGAAAUCCUCACCCCUCCUGAUCUGGAGAGGGAAUUUGGUCUCACUGGAGGGAAUAUAUUCCAUGGUGCAAUGUCACUGGAUCAGCUCUACUUGGCUAGACCUGUGCCCUCCAUUGCAAACUACCGUUCACCAAUCAAAGGGCUCUACAUAUGUGGCAGUGGUAGCCAUCCAGGUGGGGGUGUUAUGGGCUCCGCUGGUUGGAAUGCUGCCAUGGCUGUCCUGGCUGACCUUAAACGGCAAUAAAUGUCUAAUACAGGGUCCAGCAGCUGUGAAGUUCUACACAACUAAGGAGUUCUGGCUAACUAAAAUGAUUCAUUGGAUUCCAAAAUGAUUCAUUGGAUUCCAAAUUAGAUUAAAAUAAAUAAUAAUGAUAAAUAUUUUCAGUCCAUCCUGGACAUUUGAGAGAGCAAUGACCAGCCUCUCAGUGAUAAUGAUGACUCUGUUUUGUCAGAACUUUCGACUGUCUCUGCUGAUGUUGACAUUGUGUGAGCUCUGUUGACCUGACCUGUGUUGUAACUGACCAAAAUGUUUUUUGGUCAAAAGAUUUUUUAAUAUCUGGUCAAAAUGGCCAUUAAGUGAAGGUUAUUCAUUUUUCAGUGUCAGGAAAAAAGAGAAGAAACAUAUAUUUAACAGACAGCUACACAGAAGACUCAACAACUUAAAGAAGCACUAUAUAAUUCUGGAGAACGAUAUUUGAAUUCAACAACAAAACAAAACACCCCUCACUUCAGGGCUCCUUCAGAAGCUCCAACCCCCCCAAAUUCAUGGAUGCACAUUGUCAAGACCAGAAUGCUUUUUUACACAAAUUAGAUAUAUUUGAUAUUAUACUCAGUGUCGGAAGUGUUUGUGUAAUUUUCUGUUAAAUGUUAACUUCUCUUUCCUGACAUUUAAAAAGAAUAACACAUUUUGACUGGGAAUAAAAUAAGCAUAAGGGUGGUCUCUGACUUUUGCGCAGUGCUAUAUAACUUCGCACAUACACCUACUCCUAAAACAGUAUUGCUUAAUGCCUUAAACAUUUCCUCUGAAAUACUGUGAAAUCAAAUCAAAAUAUUUUAGGUGCUGUUUUUUGUACUUGUUUCUUUCUUUUACCCCAGUGCUAUGGUUUCAGGAUAAACUUUAAGAUGCUUUCUUAUAAAGGAUUAUGGAAGAAUAAACGUAUGCAUUUAAUUCCACUGUUUACAGUUAUAGCAUUAAUAACACUAACCAAACAAAAUCUUUAAAAAUCCCUGAAAAAUGCAUUCACAACAUAACCUUCUCAACCCACUGUUUUGAUUCCCUAAUGUGUCCUUGACAUAAUACGGGAUCUUACUGAAGUGGGCUGGUCUUACUGCACAGCUCCUUCUACACAGAUGCUGGAAAUAUGCUAAACUGGGAAAGUUGCCUCUGAAAUGUACAAUGGGGUCAAAUAUGUCUCAUAAAAAAUAAAACUGGAAUCUGUUGUCAAACUAAGCAUCAA